CCAGAGCUUACAACUGUGAACAACAUUACAUUAACAAGACUGUGUCUGGAACUGCAACAGCUACUGUACACAAAUCCUCUGGGGGGCAUUGCUAGAAGAGGUCCCAGAAAAGUGUCAAAGAAAGAGAAAGCAACGUCAAGAAGAUUAACUAGCAUGCCAUGGCCUUCAGCUGUGACCCACAAUACAGAAUAAUGAUAAUUCUAAAAUCAAAGGGAGAGCUCCAGAGCACUGUUCAUGACAAUGCCUCUAUGUUCCUGUACCUCUUCCUUUUCAAAGCAGGGCUAAACUGCUUGGUCAUGACAAUCAGCCACAGGAGAAUGCGUAGAUCCUUGAUGGGCUUCUUCGGCCUCUCCUUCUUCCUGGCUGACCUGAUGUUCCUCUGCUUUUUGGUGGCCAUGAAGUUCAGAAGCAACCUAUCCGAUUCCCUGUGCUCUAUCCUGUCCUACUUUUCCAGUGCCUACGCCAAGCUGCCUCUGCCCAUUGUCAUCCUAGGGGGCAUCGACCAUUUCAUGAACCUGUCUCGCAGUGGCUUCCCAGUCUCUCGCAGCAGGGUAUUCCUGUACUGUGUGGAAGUUCUGCUGGUUUGGGCGAUCGCCAUAUUCAAUUCUAUGCAUACAAUCAUCACUGAAAUUCAGAGGCUGGAUCUCCCCAAUAACCAGAGAGCCUUUCUAUGUCCAAUCCACAGCUCCAAUACAGUCAACUUGUUCUGUGUGUCGGUGCUCGUCUUCACAUGCUGCUUGGUUGCCCUCUGUUGGAAACAAAUGCUGCUCUUUCAGAGGAUCUUGCAAGCCACAGACCAGGAUGAGAAAUCACUGGGUGAGCCACUGCGAAGCGACUUGCCCUUUACCUACAGCAAGCUUUCUGAUCAGGAAGAGGGCAGGGAGUCUCUACUGAAUCAGCAGCAGCAGUCACACAGCAAGAGCAUGCUGCUUCUCCUGGGCAUCAACGUGGACUUCUUGGUGAACUGGGGUGUCUUCCUGGUGGGGAACACCAUCAUAAUUUUCUGCAACCAAGCUGCCCCUUCCUACAUGAGCAUCAAUCUUCUGUGGCUCUUGUGUGCCAACAGCUUCCUGAUAGGUCUGGUGUACUGGAUACAGGCUGACAAGGUGGGGCCUCUCAAUGGCUUCCCUGAUGACAUCUGUACAUGGAACUUCUACUGGCUAAUCAACAGACAAGCUUCUAGCCUACAGGAAAAGGUGUCCCAUAGUAUCUAUACCCUAUCUGACAAGACGCAUAGAAACUCCUCUCUAGUCUAAAACCAACACAAUUCCGCAAUAUACUGAAGGAGCACCCAGGAAUAUCGUUUCACUGCACCAAGUAUCAGACUAUACUGAACACACAAAAAUGAAGUAUGAACUAUCUUGCAGCCACUGUACCUUACCAGCAGCUCUGUAUAGCCGUUUCGGAAGUCUUGCUAUCUAAAAGCAAUUAAUACUGUACAGUUUACUGUUGUUUGAAUAAUAAACCAACUUAUAAAAUGGGUCUUUGAAAUACUCUAUCUUGAUUGGUCAAAACAGGUCACAUGGGAGUGUGAAUAUUACAGCAUAUUCCCAGUGGUUGAAACUUUUUUCAAAAAGGGGCAAAUCACUUGUAGAUAUCCAUACGCCACUAAAAAAGCUAUCCAUAUUUAAAUGUAUAUUAAUAAACAGGACUAACCACAUUUA